AUGGGUGGCCUUUUACAGUUCAUCUGGCCUAUUGUGUCUCUUCUCUCUAUCCCCCUCGUCUCAGCAGUUUUGUCGAAUACGCCCGUACCGCGCACCUAUGGCAUCGUUCUCUUCCGCAUGUUCGACAUGCUUGAUGUAUACGGUCCAUCAGAGAUCCUUCAAUUCAUCGGCGGAUCGUACCCGACAAACAUUGUGUACAUCGCCGAGACCCUGGAACCAGUCACCACGCGCCCAGUAAUGGCUGCGAUGAAUCCACUGAACUCCUCCGUGUAUCCAUCUCUCACGCCUACACACGUGUUCGAGACAGCACCGGACCUAGACGUUCUCAUUAUUCCUGGCGGUCCGGGAUGGCGCAACCCAACAAGUUUGAACGCUACUAUGGCGUACAUCAGGGAAACUACACCGAAAGUCCGACAAGUCCUCACUAUAUGUACAGGGUCAGCUCUGGCGGCUCGUGCUGGUAUACUGAAUGGCAAGAGAGCUACUGCGAACAAAUCUUCCUGGCCAACGACAGUAGCAGCCAAUCCGAAUACAACAUGGGUCCCGUCUGCUCGAUGGGUGGAGGAUUAUUCAAGCUCACCGCCUAUCUGGAGCUCAUCCGGAGUCACAGCUGGCAUCGAUAUGAUGCUGCAUUGGGUUGAGAAGACGUAUAGUGCAGAAAACGCAACAAACAUUGCGCGAUUCAUCGAGCAUGUGAGGAUUACAGAUCCAAGCAUUGAUCCAUUCGCCAGGAAUGAGACUGUGGCUGAGCAGGCAUAA